AUGCUCUUCAAUUCGAAGAAAGCGAACCUCUGGUUCAGCUGCCUUGUUGCCUGCACUUGUAUGGCAGUAAAUGGUUAUGAUUCGUCUACUUUCAAUGCAGCGCUGGGGUCAGCUCAUUUCAUGAACUACUUUGGGAAUCCCUCUCCAUCUACGAUCGGCUCAGUCAAUACUGCCAUGGGUGUGUGCGGUAUCGUUGCAGGCGUUUUCUUCUCUGCUUUAAUUUCCGAUGGAUUCGGUCGUAAGUGGACUAUGUGGGCUGGUGCCACAUUUGUCAUCAUCUCAACCUUUGUUUCGACAUUCACUCCUCCUGCCAUUGGUGGCUUUAUCGCUGGUCGUGCCAUCACAGGUUUUGGCCAGGGAUUAAUGAUGCCGGCUGGACCAGUCUACAUCAACGAACUAGCACCCGCCAAACUCCGAGGUACUAUCAUGAGCUUCUGGCAGCUCUUCUUCGCCUUGGGAUCCUUUCUCGCAUAUUGGAUCAAUUACGCGUGUUCCAAGAAUGCUGAGAGACUUGGAGAAUGGGAUUGGAAGAUUGUCAUGCUGUUUCAAAUCUUCUGUCCCAUUGUUAUCAUAUCCGGACUUUUCUUCUGUCCUGAGACACCAAGAUGGUAUGCUAUUAGGCACCCCACUGUCAGGCAGAAUGAAAGAUUCCAGGACGCUCACGAAGUUCUCUUGGCGAUUCACGAUGACCCAGACCUUAUUGCCCAUGAAUUGGAAGAAAUACGACAAGCUAUUGCCUUUGAGAAGAAACAGACUAGCAGCACUUGGUCCCGAUACAAGCUACUGUGGACGGAUAAAUCUGUGAGAAAGCGAAUACUCCUCGCGGCUGCCAUCAAUAUUGGACAACAGCUUACUGGAAACAACUCCCUCGCAAGCUACUCAACCAUUAUUUACAAGAAGGUCUUUACUUCAAACAGCCAGAUCCAGCUCAUCAACGCUUUGGGUGGAACCUUCAAUAUUCUCUUCACUCUGAACGCUAUCUGGAUGGCGGACCUGGUGGGACGAAGACCCAUCCUCCUCAUUGGCGUUGCCGGUCUGGCAGUCUGUAUGUUUUCAGCCGCAGCGGUAGUCACCGAGACCCCAACUCUUGAAGAUGGAUCCAAGCCUCAGAGCGUUGGUAUCGCAACAGUCUUCUUGUUGUAUCUGUUUGCUCUGUUCUUCAAGCCCUCUUGGGGUGCGACAGUAUGGAUCUGGACUUCAGAAAUCUUUUCCAUGAACGUUCGUGCGCAAGCUGUCGCCAUGACCACUCAGUGCCAAUCCAUCGCAAGCAUCAUUCUUCAACAGAUUUUCCCCAUCUUUCUCAGUAAGGAGGGAUUCUACGCUAUGUAUAUGUUUGGUGCUAUCAAUGUGGUUCUCUUCGUCUUCGUUUGGUACUGCAUCCCAGAAACCAAGGGUGUGUCUCUGGAGCACAUGGACAUACUGUUCGGUGGUGUAGAUCACGCAGAUGUAGGAGCAGCCAUCGUCAGAGACGAAACUGUCGAUAAUGAAAAGGCAUCCUUCCAUGCCACUGAGACUGCGAUGGGGCGUAAGGUCCAUUCUAGCAUAGCUGUGUAA